AUAACCUCUUCUCCAUCGCCGUUUUGGAAUGAAUUUAAGACUUUCCUAGAAAUCUCAUAAACAUAAUGAAAAAGAAUAAGUCCACUCGUAUUAUCGGUCAAAAUGUGAUUCUAGUUCCAUAUAAGGAAAAACACGUUACGAGAUAUCACGAAUGGAUGAAAUCACCAGAGUUACAAUAUCUUACAGCCUCGGAACCAUUAACUUUGGCGGAAGAAUACGAAAUGCAAAAAGAUUGGCUACUAGAUGAGAAGAAAUGUACCUUCAUCAUUUUAGACAAAUCGAUUUUCGAAUCGACAGGGGAUGAAAUCGCUGCUAUGAUCGGUGAUACUAAUUUAUUCUUUAAUGAUAUGGAAUGUAAAUAUACGGCGGAAGCUGAAAUCAUGAUAGCAGAAAAAGAAAAUAGGAAUAAAAGAAGAGGGGGGGAAGCUGUAUUACUUAUGCUUCGUUACGGUAUAGAUGUCUUGAAUGUAAAAAGAUAUCGAGUUAAAAUAAUGAUCGAUAAUGAAAAGAGUAUAAAUAUGUUUCGAAAGUUGAAUUUUCACGAGGUCGAAAGAAGUGAAAUAUUUCAAGAAAUUACCAUGGAAAAUAACAUAAAUCAAGAAUGGAAGGAUUGGUUGUAUUUAGAAACAAUGAAUUCUUUAAUGGAUGAAUAUUACAAUAUACUCGUGGAUAACAAUAAGCCAAUACUCAAUAUGUUAUUCAGAUUAAGUAACUUUGCACGAAAAAGACCAUUGCUCUUGAAUUCUAUAACAUAUGGCUUUUUUUAUACAUGCGCUGAAUUUGCACAACAAAUCUAUAAUAAAAGAUUCCAGAUUAUUCAACCGGUGUCCACAUAUGGAGUAGAACUACAAAAUAUCGAUAGACCAAUACUUUCAUGGUUACGAAAGUGCAAUAAUUUUUUAGGUUUAUUAGAUCAUGAAUCUACGAUGUCAACACAACAAUAUAAUUGGCCACGUCUUAAAAGAUAUGCUAUUUAUGGUUUUUUUUUAGCAGGACCAUUGUUGCAUGGAUGGUACAAAUGGUUAGAUACAUUUUACAAAGGCAAAUCUUUAAAAUUGGUUUUAACUAAAUUAUUUCUUGAUCAAUUUAUAUUGACACCACCAUUGGUCUGUCUAUUUUUUAUCAGUAUGAGUUUGAUGGAAAGUAAAUCUGAUAUAUUUGAAGAAUGUAAAACAAAGUUUCUUAAAACUUUUCAGACAUCAUGCCUAUUUUGGAUACCUGUACAGUUUUUCAAUUUUGUAUUAAUUCCUCCUACUCUACGUAUCACAUAUGUUAGUAUUGCAGCAUUAUGUUGGGUGAAUAUUCUUUGCUAUAUAAAAAAUGUGCCUUUAGUUAAAUUUAAUGAUAAAAAUUAACGUAAAAAUACGUUACUUCCUUUCUCUCUCUCUCUCUCUCUCUCUC